GACCGUCUGUGCAGGACAAUUCGUGGAAAAACCUCGUGCGCUCCGCUAUACAACCGCUGUCGUGUACUCUUUGCGGCCGUCGUCGUCGUCGCCAUAUAAUUUUCGUCCGUCGUGCCAUAUCCGAUAGUCGUCGUCGUCGUAUAAUUCCGAUCGAGUCGAACAUAAAAUUAUCAUCAGCAAUGUCAAGAUUAGUUGCAGUCAUAUUAGCGGUGGCGUUCGUGUCCUCGUCGGUAGCGGCUGAACUUCCCGAAGCCCGCAAGAUCGAUACAGGUCUCGGAGACUUCAGAGUGGUGUUCAAGGUGUUUCAGGACUGUUCAAAGGCUCAGUUUGGACCUUGUAUCAAGCACAAGUUGUUGACGGCCCUCGACCGGAUCAACGAACAACCGGAAAUGGAAUUGUUCGAUGGCGUCCGAUUGGUCAAAGAUCCGGCUGUUGCUCUAAACGACGUCGACCAUGACAUGUCCUCGGCCAGGUCCGCCGGUGACGACGAAACGACCGGACUAGACACGCUGGUUGUUGACAGAGUGAUGAACUUUUUCAAGAGUCGCAGUCUUCAAUUCAAACUUCUAGACAAUGAACCCAGAGAAUUGGCCGAUGGUCGCAAAAAGAGCAACAAGUACAACUCGAUGCUCAUGUACCCGUUCAUGAUGGGCGGCAUGACCAUACCGCUGGCGUUCGGCGUGCUCGCCCUGUUGGCCGGCAAAGCGCUGAUCAUCGCCAAGCUGGCACUGGCCCUGUCCGCCAUCGUUGGUCUGAAAAAGCUGUUCAGCGACCAGGGGGGCAGCAGCCACGAGCACGUCACGUACGCCGGCAGCGGUGGCCAUUACCGCAGGAGCCUGCCCGGCGAACCGGUGGCCGCGUCCAACAUGGCGUACAGCUCGUACAUGCCCGUCUACGAGGAGCCCAUCCGGAGCACCACGUCGAACGCGAUCCCUCUGCGAUGAUCGACCACUGGAAAACGCGAUCCACGGGCCGCCGACUAAGUGAUGACAAUAUGAUGAUGAAACGUAUAUUAUACUUACAUCGUCAUGUUGCAAUAUUGAGAAGUCGAUGGCCGUUAUUUAUUGACGGAUGGUAUACUGCACCUAUCGUGGUGGUAUAACAUUUUCAUAUUAUAUUAUUAACUAGCAUUAUUAUCACAAUUAUUAAUAUUGUUAUUGUAUUAUUUAUUUUGAAUCGAAUAAAUUUGAUUUGCCUCUAUUACGACUGCA